AUGAGCACCACACCAUCCCCAGAGACAGGCCUAGGCAGAGAGAGUCUCCCGCCCAAGAAGAGGGACCCCAGACCAGGCCUCUCAGAGCAGCCUUCUGCUGUCACAUUCAAGGUCCCCUUCCCCUACAAGAGCCAUAAUGAAGCCAAGCCCUACAAUGCAUCUUACUCAGACCUGCUCCCACCUACACCUGCAUCUGUGCCCCCGCUAUACCAGCCCUGGACCCAGUCCCCAACCACAGCCUCCACCAACAGAGUCAACUCCUUUCUCCCCUCUCCUGUCAGGGAUAGCUAUGGCUGGGCUGAGUGGAGGGAGCACUAUUACAGAGAUUGGGCUGCAGGGCCCUCAGGGUGGGAUGUUCCCUACAUUCCCCAUCACCCCUCCACGCACCCCUCAGAAUACCCACAACACCCCUCUAUCUGCAGACACAUGGCCCAGCCUACAGAGGAGCCCAGUGGGGUGGAAGCCCGGUACAGAUGGCACCUUAAUAAAAAAGUGAGAGAGAAGUUAAGUCCACACACCGCACAGCAAAGCAGACAGAGGGGCCCGUAUAUGAGAAGAAGGAAACAGGGGGGCCACAAGCCACGACCCAGCUCAGGGACAGGUUCUGCCCCCCUGAACACUGCUCUAUCUCCUACUGCCUACAGGGACCUACACCACCACCCUGAACUGGUCUACACACACCUCUCCACAGCCUCCAAGUACCAUGCUUCAGGGCAAAGUCCUUUGGAGUUUGAGGCACAAUCUCCCAUAAGACCAUCACUUAUUGAUCAAUCAACAGAGAAAUAUUGGAACAUGGGAGUAACAGAAAAAGUAGGAGUGUCUCCACCUCUCUCCUCCCAUCACUCUUCCUACCCUUCCCCCUCUUCUGACCAGCUGCCCUGGUUGCUCUCUCACUUUGCGGCAGGCUCUCUAAUCGAGCUCAAAGACGGGCGGCUGAGGAGGGUGGAGGAUUUGCAGACAGAAGACUUCCUAAUCGGCGCGGAGGCUUGUCCAGAGCUGCGUCUGAGCUGCUGCACUGUGCAGCACAUUUCCCUCUCCACAGCCCCCUCCCUCUCCCGCCUCCUCAUCCUCCUACAGGAGGAACACUCUCAGGUGAGCUGGGCCUGAUCCUACUACAUCAUUACAUCACAUAAGCUCAUAACAGGGUCAAUGUGUUUUUUGUCAUUGUGUGUUUGUCUACUGACAUUUCCAUAAUUUAUAACAUGGAAUUAAAUAUACAAGAUAUCAUACAUAUUUGCAAAUAGUAUACUUCUUGAGGAGUAACUCUAAAUGCAAAUGAAAAACAUUCCUACAGUAUCCCUCAUUACGACACUAUGCACACAUCAAUUGCAGAACACUAACACCACUUUAGUAGACAAACAGAGGUACUGCACUGUGACUAACAGUAUUUCUUCCCACAGGAGUUCCUGGAUGUGUAUGUGGAGUACCCAUUCUUUGUGCGCGGGCGUGGCUGGUCCUCCUGCUGUCCCCAGAGAACAGCCCGUCUUUGUGGCCUCCGCUGCCACCAGCUUAGUGUGGGUGACGUCUGCUUGGCUCUCAUACCCACAUCACCCUCCGUACCCCCACCCACCCAACCCCAGGGUCCUGGCACCCCAGCUAGAGGGCCUAAGCCCCUGCAAACUUCCUGCCCCCAGGCUCCCCUUCCCCCUGCUCCAGAUAGGCCAACAGCAGGGCAGAGAGGGGGGCUGGACCCAGCACGGAAGAGGCGUUGGUCAGCCCCUGAGCUGCGUGGCCCAGGCACCAACUGCCCGUACUGA